GGCAGCUGAGUGUUUUGUUCGAGCAGGUUACAAUGAUUUUCCUGCACCUUUUGACGAUCUCCGCCAUUCUCGGGUCGCUGGAGGCUAAAGCAUGCACCAGCCUACCCCCCGGGCUUUUGAGACUUGUCAAAGGCGCCGACCUGGCGAGGCUUGACCUGUUACCUUUGGAACCCAAAAGCGAUUCGGGGCUAGUGUCUCAGGUUUUGGCUCUCACCUGUGACGAUGAAAAUCAAUGGAAGAGUGCAAAGGGCAAGGUUUACGACCUACCUGAUCAGGUCUGGCAAAUAACAUCAGUCCCUGGUGGGUACAUGUCUUCUGAGGUGACCACACUGACAACCACCACCCAGGUACGAGACUCUCUGAGUGCAAGUGUUGGGGUAGAGGGCGAGUCCGGCCAGUUUGCCUUCUCCACAAGUGUCUCUUUCAACCUAAUGCAAAGCUCUAUCACAAACAGCUCCAGCGUUUUGUCUGUAGUCACGGCGUUUUCCGGAGCUGUCAGAAUAGACGUCAACCCGCCACAAAAUCUGCAGCUAGACGCCGCGCCACAAAAAUACAUUGACACCAAUCUGACCGGUUCGUUUGAGAGCAACCCUGAUGCUUACUAUAAGUUUAUUAAAACCUACGGUACGCAUUACUUCUCAAGAGGUAAUUUUGGGGGUUAUAUUAAAAUGGUAUGCGAAACAAAAAGCGAUUAUUUCGCCACGACUUCCGAAACCUCGAUAGAGACAAAUGCUCAAGCGUCAUACAAUGAAAUGAUCGCCCAAGCUGGGACCUCCACACCGCUGAGUUCAAAGGUUGAUUCAACCUAUAAAAAUAACACCAAAACUUCGAUCAAGUUCUAUGGUGGUGACACUGCAUUGAUAGCUAAAGAGGGUUUAGGAAAAUGGCAGCCAUCCGUAGAAGACAAUCCUUGGUUAUACUCUGGCAAGCUAAAACCCAUCAGCGAUUUGAUAAAAAAUGCCACAAAGAAAGCAGAAAUGAUAAAAGCUGUUGAGUUCUAUAUGUUAAAAAAUCAACUUGACUCUUUGGAGGCUCAGAUGAUUGGGACUAAGGCGAAGUCGGAUAAUUCGAUGAUUAACCAACUGUUGGGUGAUGUCCAGUUACAAAAGAAAAAGCAGUUUCCUUCAUCACUCACUGUACGCGCAUUAACACUUAAUUUUGCUGAGUACUGCACGAUUCCGGUUUGGUUUCAAAAGGCCAAACUGUGUAUGACCUGGAAGGGAACAAAAGACGCGGCUCAGUGUGGUGGUCCUGGCGUCCCAGCACAGAUCUGUGCCCAAGUCAACAACAUGACGCAGUGGUACCUUGACAACACGGACAGCAGACAGGGGGGUUGUAAUAUGUCAUGGGGACUAUUGGCAUCCGGCUUUGCUGGUUUUUUUGACAAUAUAAGGAUUUGUUAUCAGUUCUCCGCUGAAAACGACCCAGCUCAGUGUGGUAAUGCUAUAGGAGGCCAGUUCUGCUCUCCAGCUACAAACAGCUUCACGACGCCUUACUUUGAUGAUACGGCCGGACGCAAAGGUGGAUGCAAGCUGCAAUGGAUGCUCAAAGCACCAACGAGCGUAGCUCCGAUUUGGAUGCAGGCUGUUCAGCUGUGUUUCAAGUGGGAAGCUGAUGGUGACGCAGCUCAGUGUGGAGGCGGAGCUGCCAAUAGCCAGUGUGUGAGCGUCAACCAGUGGACAAAGUUCUACACCGAUACCACAGACGACCGUAAAGGGGGCUGCAAGAUGAGCUGGGGAUUGAAGUCCGGCUUCUAAUACCAAGAGAAAAAAAACUGUAGCCUUUAAAGAAGACAGACAAAUCAACAAAUCAUAUUUUUUUGUAAACAAAAUUCUAGUUUAUAACGCAAACAUUCGCCAAGCAAGAAAUUAUUCGAAAACGUACUUUAUUUAGGUGUAAAUUC